GUGGGCUGCCAUUAAUUAGCCUGCCCUCUGCAAAACGAUUAUUGGCUGAUAAGCUUGAAACUUUGCGACGAUUGGCUAGUAUGGUUUAGUGGGCGGGAUGAAAUGAGGAAAAAGUUUGAUGUUAUUAUGAGAAGAUGGAAUGAAUUCUCGUGUAAUAGAGCAGUGAGAAUAGCUGAUUAGGCAAGGAAGAGCAUGACACACAGUGCUGGAAGGUACUUUUACAUCACGUUUGGAAGCUGUAUGUUCUGAAAGCAGGGCCGACAGGGGAGACUAAACGCUGAUGUUGGACAGAGCAGGAAGUAGGAUGGCGACGGUAAAAUGCGAGCAGAACGGACCGGUGAAACUAUGAGGCCAAUAGCAUUUGAAUAUGUUUGGUAAUAAUGGAGUCUGCUGCACACCCUGUAUCAUGGGUCAGUAAAGUGAAACAACCCCCCAAAAAUGUGAUGCUUUCAUCUACCUCAGUAUCUGUUUCAGGUGGUUUAACUCCUACUAACAAGGAUAUGACUCACCAGAUUCAACGAAAGCCACAUAUUGCGGUAGGUUUACCUGCCAAGGCAGAGUCUGAAUAUGUAGUAGAGAAAAAGAAGAAAAGGAGAAAGAAGAAAAAAACAAGCCCAGAAUCUGAUGUGACUACUGAAAAUUCUCAGACUGAGAACAUUGCUUUUCAGGAACCUCCCAAAAUUCAGGAUGACGAAGAGUUUCCUGAUUUGUCAGCUUCUGUGAGUAGAUUUGGAAAGGGUCUCCGAAACCAAAAGAGUGACGGCUUUAUUCAGGGCCCUAGAGCUGAAAAGGCUGUCAAGACCAAGGGCAGUGGAAAGAAGAGUAAAUCACUUGUUCAGCUAGACUUGGGUGGCAUGCUGGCAGUGUUGGAGGGGAAGCAGCAUAUAGAAAGAACAAAGCAGGAUACCAAGCCGCUGGUAUUGUCUGUUGGUAGUGGUGCCCCUGUGCUAUCCAAAGAAUCUGCUACUGUAUUGAAACAACCAAAGCAAGGCCCGGCACCACACAACCCACUGGAUUCUAGUGCCCCUCUUGUAAAAAAAGGAAAGCAGAGAGAAGUUCCCAAGGCCAAGAAACCCACCUCACUUAAAAAGAUCAUUUUGAAAGAAAGAGAAGAACGAAAGCAGCGUCUCACUUCAACGGCACAAGAAUCAACUCUGCUGAACAAACCUAUAGAGGCAGGUGACGCAGAUGUUCCAGUACAAAACAUAGGUCUUUCUGAAGACGAUUGCCCUGCUCCCCAGGAACCCGAAACACAAGAAAAUCCAGACGAAGGACUAGUUCUGGCAAGCUCUGAAAUUCCAGACAUCCAGGCUGUCACUGAAAGCGCUGUUAGCCUGCCUCCACAGUCGACCUCUAACCUUCCGAAAAUUCACAGCAGGCGAUUUCGAGAGUAUUGCAGCCAGGUGCUGAGUAAAGAUGUGGAUAACUGUGUGAUGGAUCUUCUUAAGGAGUUAGUUCGUUUCCAAGAUCGAAUGUUCCUGAAGGAACCAGCAAAAGCCAAGUCCAAGAGGCGCCUGGUGAUGGGACUUAGAGAGGUUCUAAAACAUCUGAAACUACAGAAACUGAAAUGUAUUAUUAUUUCCCCAAACUGUGAAAAGAUUCAGUCCAAAGGUGGCUUGGAUGAUACCCUCCAAACAAUCAUCAGCCAUGCUUGUGAGCAGAAUGUUCCAUUUGUGUUUGCACUAAAUCGCAAAGCUCUAGGCCGCUGCCUGAGUAAAGCUGUGCCAGUUAGCAUUGUUGGCAUUUUCAGUUAUGACGGAGCUCAGGACCAUUUUCACAAAUUGUAUGAGCUCACCAUGCAAGCUCGGCAGGCCUAUAAAGAUAUGAUUGCAGCAGCACAGGAACAGCAGGCUGAGGCUGGGAACAAUGAAACUGAACCAGUGGCAGUAAAUGGCCAACUUAAAUCACAUGAUACGAGUGGAGAUUCCAAAGCAGAAGAGAUUGAUGAACCAAACUACAUUAAAGUGUGGAGAAAGAUGCUAGAAGAAGACUAUACUCCGUAUGCCUUGAGCCUGGAACAAAAGGUUACUACAGAUAUGUUAAAUCUGCAGUUAUGAUUGGAACUCCUUAUGGAUAACUUCAGUUCAGCUGUUGGGAAUUUAACGGCUGCCAGAGAAAUCCUCAUCGUUGGAUCUGUGAGCUGAAUUAUUUGGGGGUUGAAGUUUCAUAGAGAAGGAAGGUGAAUCUUUCCUAUGUAAAGGAGACCUGUAGUACAGCUUAGUACAGAUUGUUAUGAAUGUGUAUCUAAGCAACUCUCAGAACAUGGACCCACAGUUUCACCGUAGACACUUUGUUCCUUAAGUGCCUUUUAAAUGACAGGAACAUGUGUAAAGAGUUAUUCAUCUUGUGAAUCACUAAUACAAAUCAUACAAUCAAUACA